AUGCAACAGGAGGUGGAGCCCCUGUGCUCCUCCGCCAUGGGCAACCCCGGCAUGCACAGGGACGCAGGAGUGCUCCUUGUGGAUCGAGAGACCCCAGAGGAGAUGCAGGCGCGGAGCCUGGGCAGACCUGUCAAAUCCUCGAAACAGUAUCUGCGUCAGGUCAUUGCAGAAUACGAGGCGCUGGACCGAGAGCUCCCGUGCAUCCGGAAGUUCCCUAUGCCACCUGCCGCUCAGCCGCUUUGUCUGUGCAUGGAGACCUCGCCUGAAGAGGACCUUACCCACGUGGAGGUGCUGGAGGCCCUGGAAGCCGAGUUCCCCGGGGCCAUGGAGAGUGGGCGCGUGAGCAGCAUCCGCUUUGAGAACAUGAACGUCAUCUGUGGGACUGCCGGACGCCGGGACCGGUGGCUCAUCAUGGUCACGGACUUCCAGACUCGCUCGCGCCUGCUGCGCUCGGGGCUUCGACUCCGCGGGAACCUGCAUCCUCUCGUGCGCCACGACGAACUGCUGCUGAGCGAUUACCGGCUGCACCUGCGCCGCUCCCUGGUCCGACGGCGCAUGCUCGAGGCUCUCGGGGCGGAGCCGACCGAGGAAGACUGACAUUUAGGGGGGCGGGCCCCGGCUGCGCUUGCGCACUGCCCCGCUGGCUCGGGAUACCCACCCGGAACCUCAGAGGAAAAGGGGAGUUGCCUCCCCAGGAAGGAGGCGGGGUCGGCUCGAGGGGGUGGAUACUGUGAGUUUAAUUAUAAAGAAUGACCUGGUACAAAAGCCAUUUCUCUCUGCAAAAUCUUGGUGGGGAGUCAGGGGGAGGGUGGUGACGGGGGGUAGAGACGAACCCCCAUGAUAUAAUUCUGCCUCCCUAGUCUUCCCCUAGUCCCUGCGAAUGGACGCCUGGGUCGCAACCCCUUGAGGGGUGAAUUCCGAGGCCCGUGAGAGGGAAGACCGGGGCCCCGUGGAUUUGAACGCGUGUGAUCCCUGUCCCAACGAGAACCAGACGUCCUCAUCCGCCCCCCUUUUCCUCCUCCCAACCCCCCUUGGAAGACAAUUCUCGGGCUUUAUUUCAGGUUUUUUUUUUUUUUUUUCUGGAUUUUUUUUUGUGUUCUAGGUUUUUUUUUUUUUGUAUUUUCUUUUGUUAUUGUUCCUCUUUUUGCUUUGUCGCUUCUCUCCGCCCCGCGCAGCCCCCAAUCCAGUACCUUCCCCCUCCCCAGCCCAACCUCUCCUACCCCCCUCCCCACCCCCCACACCCUCCCCAACCCCGCGGCACCCAUCCAGAAUGAACAAGCCCUUGAUAGACGAGCGCCGCGCAGGCCCCCUGCGGACGGGGGGCAUCCGACAAGGGGGAGGGGGCGGGUAGGGGCCCAGCGCGACCUCCGCCCCUCUCCUCGCCACCCCUCCCCCCUCCCACGACCCUCCCACAAGGUUCCCCGCAGAUCCCUGACGUGGUAAGGAGGGAGGGUUGCAAGCACCCUCCCCCCAAGGACGGAGCGCCCCCCCCCACUCGGGGGUAGGGGGCAGCAGAGGGGGAAUGGGCUUGGGGGAAGGAGGGGGAGCUCCCUUCUUUGGCAGCUGAACAUGGUGGGGAUCAGGGGCGAUGCCCUCCCCCUUUUGCCCACAGUAGGCGAGGGGGCUUUCCAGGGGAAGGGGGUGGCUUAGAAUUUCCAAGCCCUAGGAAUAGAGGGACAGGGAAGCGUGCAGGAAGGGACAGCCAUGCUGGAGGGAGGAGUUUCUGGGAGAGACGGAAAGUUUUAGGAGAUGGGGGGGAGGCGGUGUCGUCGUGCAAAAUGGAUGGACGGGAAGUCAGAGGAGGGAGGAGCUGAGAUGGCAGACUGGGGCGGGGAGAGGAGGAAGCGAGGAAGCAAAGUGGGCAGGAACUGAGAGUGCACAGGGUCUUCUCUUGACAGAAAAAGUGUCCAGAGCUAAGAGAACAGGCAGAGUGCAAAUGAUCUGAUCUUUGGGGGCAGGAAAAAAAAACUGCCAGGAAAAGAAACAAUAAUACAGGCUCAAGAGCGUGUGGAAUGGGAUGAGUGUGCAAAAGGAAAGAGGCUGCAGAGUUCUCCAAGAGAUGGUAAAAGUUACCCAAGAACAACCAGAAAUUCAAGCAUGAGCGUGCAAGGCAGGGCUGCGGGGUGCAAGAGCCUAGUUAAGGACGAAAAGACGGCUUCAAGAGAGCAGGGGACGUGCUGGGGAGAAUGCGUGUGCAAGAGCGGGCGUGCAAGAAGCUGCAUCAAAGAAUUGACAGUGGAGAUGGACAAGGAGC